GUCAAGAUUUUCCUCUUUUUGCUAAUUCUUUCCUUACUCCACAAACCCCCAUAAGAUGGCUUCUGUACAUGACAGAGCUGUACUCCAGGCGAUAUUCAACCCCACCACCCCCUUUGGAGACAUUCCUGGUCUCAACCAAGAGGAAGAAUUAAUUGAUGAUGACAGUGGUUUUGACACAGAGUUGCUGAAGCAAGUGAAAGAGUCGGAGAUGCGGGGCGUCUCAGCAGCAGAGGCUGGGGAUUUGCAGGCUGCACUUCAACUGUUCAGCCAGGCAAUCCAGCUCCUGCCACAGCGAGCCUCUGCCUAUAACAACCGGGCACAGGCCCUGAGACUGCAGGGAGACACAGCAGGAGCCCUGCAGGAUCUGGACCGAGCCAUCGUCCUGAGCGGUUGCAUGGGACGAACUGCCUGCCAGGCUCUAGUGCAGAGAGGCCUCUUACGUAGAUUAGCAUGCCAAAAUGAUGAAGCCAGAGCAGAUUUUGAGAAAGCAGCUGCACUUGGAAGUGAAUUUGCUCGACAACAGGCAGUGGCUCUGAAUCCCUAUGCUGCCCUGUGCAACAAAAUGCUCUCAGAGGUGAUCAACAAGCUGCGUAACCCUGAAGUAACGGACAUGCAAUGACUGAAGAUCAUUUGAUGCAGGUUAAAGCCACUGGCUCCCACCGCUCCUCUCUCUGGUAGAAGGAGCAGGUUUUCAAGUGAUCUGACAUGGAAGGAGAAUC